AUGUUAUUAUCUAUCGAUAUGCCUAUCUAUAUAUGGAUAGAUCCCUUUAUUUAUUUGCUAAAAGUUAGUAAUGCUCGCUUCUUCACUAAUUGGGAAGCUAUCGGCUGCAAAAAACAAAAAACAACUCCCAUUGUAACAUGGUCUUGUGUUGCUUUCUGUUGCACCUCAAUUCUUCUCUUUAUGCUACCUGACAAUGUUGUGUUUUCUCCCUUUGUCACAUCUUUUAUCCUGUCUUUCGCUUUCUUACGCUUCUUUUUUAUUCAUUUCUUUUUAUUUGUUGUAUUGCCAUUACGCAUUUUGAAAAAAAGACAAGGAAAAGAAGGAGGGAGAGAAUACACAUUGUUUGUGUGGAGCGUAUUAUUCGCUGGGUGA